UCUCAUUAAACUUUCUUUGAAAGCCAACUCUCUCUUGGCAGUCAGAAAGUACUGAUACUGUUACCAAUGGCUCCAACAAUUGCUGAUCAACUAUUCAACACUGAUUCCUCAGCUCUAACUGAUUUUGUCAUAAAUCAAGGAAAUGGAGUGAAGGGUUUGUCAGAAAUGGGUCUCAAAGCCCUCCCCAAGGCUUACAUCCAACCUUUGGAGGAAAGGAUGUGGGCCAGUGCCACCCAAGUCAUUCCUGAGGAAUCCAUUCCCAUCAUCGAUAUGACAAACUGGGAAGACCCCAAAGUGGCAAAAGCUGUUUGUGAUGCAGCAGAGAAGUGGGGGUUCUUCCAGAUUGUGAACCAUGCUGUGCCCAUUCAGGUGCUCGAGAAUGUCCAAGAUGCAACUCAUCGCUUCUUUGGGCUCCCCGCCGAGGAAAAGAAAAAGUAUUCCAAGGAACACUCGGCCUCCAGCAACGUGCGGUUUGGCACAAGUUUUAGCCCUAAAGCAGAAAAGGCUCUAGAGUGGAAAGAUUUCCUUAGCCUCUUUUUUGUAUCCGAGGAGGAAGCUUGUGCGUUUUGGCCACCUGUUUGCAGGGAGCAAGUGCUUGAAUACAUGAGGAGCUCUGAAGUUGUCAUUAAACAAUUAUUCCAAAUUCUAAUGAAUGGACUAAAUGUGAAAGAAAUAGAUGAAACAACAAAGUCUCUCUUGAUGGGUUCAGUAAGAACUAAUUUAAAUUACUAUCCUAUUUGUCCUAAUCCUGAACUCACCGUGGGAGUAGGACGUCAUUCCGAUGUCUCUUCCCUUACAAUCCUCCUCCAAGAUGAAAUUGGUGGUCUCUAUGUGAAAGGAAACCAAGGUGGCAACUGGAUCCAUGUUCCUCCCAUUAAGGGAUCCCUUGUGAUCAAUGUUGGAGACGCAUUGCAGAUACUGAGCAAUGGUCGGUACAGGAGUGUCGAGCACCGCGUGAUUGCCAAUGGGAGUAAAAACAGAAUUUCAGUUCCCAUUUUUGUCAAUCCAAGACCCGGUGAUAUCAUCGGACCGUUGCCUCAAGUGCUAGAAAAUGGUGAGAAGCCGAUUUACAAGCAAGUUUUGUACUCGGAUUAUGUCAGACAUUUCUUCCGUAAGGCGCAUGACGGCAAGAAAACAGUUGAGUUUGCUGAGAUAUGA